AUGCCUCCUCGACGAAAACCAACAUCCACCCGCCAGAAAAAGGCCGACCAACAACUAAAGCGCGCAAUCAAACGGGGUGAUGUGCCACAACCAGAGGUCAAGAAGAAACCCCUUCGUGGUCGUAAACCGCGUAUAGGGCCCACUGGUGAACGUAUAGGUUCAGCUGAUACUUCUGUUAUCCAAUCCGCACGAAAGCUGCAAUCUGCCUUCAUCAAACUUCCUCCAAACUAUUUGGAGCAGACAAAACAACUUGCUUCUGACCUCGUCCUGCAACGGCCCAUACCAGAUGAGAAUGCGAUCUUCCAUAACUUUGUUCAUGCGAAUGAUUCAGAAGUCGAGGCUCUUUCAUGUCCUAGGAGACCCAAGUGGCGUUUCGAUAUGACUAAACUUGAAGUGGAGAAAAAUGAAGAAGGCGUUUUCAAAAAGUACAUCGCUCAAACCGACCGUGCGCUAGAUCAGUGGCAAAACAAGGCGGAUCUUGCUACUAGUCAUACCGAUUCAAGUCCUACCAUGCCUCGGUCGCCGUCCUACUUUGAAAGAAACAUAGAGGUCUGGAGGCAACUAUGGCGUGUUACCGAAAUAUCUCAAAUCAUCCUAGUCCUCCUCGAUUCCCGAUGUCCCGUGUUGCAUUACCCCCCAUCGCUUGCCAAUUACCUUACUGGUCGCAAGGUUAUCCUUGUUCUUACUAAAGUUGACAUAUCUGGAACGGAGCGUGUCAAAGCCUGGGUUGAUUAUAUCAACAAAAACUACCCAAAUUCUCGCAUUGUUGAAGUAGAGUCCUACGCCGAAAAACAGGCGUCAACAGACCAUCAAGGUCGUAAACAUUACGUGCCCUGUAUUCCGGAGCACUUUCGUGCCAAACUCGUCAGAAUGAUCAAGGAGGUGCAUCAAGAGCUGUUAGAACCUCCUGAAAAGGUCGCUAAUAACCCAGAUCGGCUCAAAACCUGGUUUCCUCCAGUAAAACGUGAAAUUGACUGGGACGCCGUUAUGCAGGCCAAGGGCUCAAAAGUCGGUGUUGCCGUUGGUGGCGCUGCAGCGCCGCGUCCUAUAUCACCAGGCGAAACUGAACAACAAGAAUCAUCUAAUCAUCAUCAAGAACCUAAUUUUUUGACCAUUGGCUUGAUAGGCCAACCAAAUGUUGGUAAAUCAUCACUACUCAAUGCUCUUUUCGGUGCAUCAAAGGUUCGGGCGUCGAAGACUGCCGGAAAAACCAAACAUUUCCAGACAUUGUACUGGACUCCUGAUGUCAGACUAGUCGAUUGCCCUGGACUUGUUAUGCCUAAUUAUGUGCCGAUGGAAAUGCAGGUUCUUUGUGGAAUUUUGCCAAUAUCACGUGUAUCAGCAGUUUCUGCAUGUGUUCAUUUCGUUUCACAAUUGUUACCUCUGGAACGUAUAUUCAAACUUGUUCAUCCAAGCUCGAAAGCUCCCCCAGUAGAAGACAAACGUACCUGGCGCGACGACAAGAAAGUUUUAAAAGUGGAUGAAUCUCAAAAAUCUCCUGCUUGGACGGCAAUGGAUAUCCUGACUGCCUAUGCUGAAGACAAAGGAUGGAUCACAGCGAAAGCUGGGAGACCAGAUAUCCACAGAGCAGGAAACGCCAUCCUACGAACGCUAGCUGAAGGAAGGAUAGGAUGGGCAUUCUGGCCCCCCGAUACACCCCUUGAAGAAGCAACAACAGCAGAUGAUCAUCUAGGCAUUUGGAUUCCUCUUUCUGACCAUACCGAUGACAUAAGUGCCAGUGAUCGGGAAAGUGAAGAGGAAGAUGAUAUACACGAAACCGAAAGUCCCUCUUUUUCUGCUCCGGCAGAGGAAGAAGAUAGCGAGGAAUCAGAAUUCGGAGAAGAGGCACAAUCAAGUGUCAGUCAGGUCGGAGUUAGUGGAAGGUUUGGUGCACUUGCUCUCAGUGAAGGAGAAGAAACAAUCUACUUAGCAGGAGAUUCUACCAUGGCAAAGGGUGGAGGGGGCAGUGGGACAGAUGGAUGGGGACAGUACCUGGCCCAAUACUUGACGUUGCCUGUUGUAAAUAAUGCGAUCGCUGGACGUUCAGCUAGAUCCUACACUGUUGAGGGUCGCUUUACGACUUUGAUCAACACUGUCAAACCCGGAGACUUUGUUGUCAUCGAGUUCGGCCACAACGAUGGCACCUCUGGUGCGACCGACAAUGGCAGACAAGAUGCCGUCGGAAAUGACACCACCACAACCGCAACUGUUACAGCUGCGAACGGCACUUCGAUUGUCAUUCAUACUUUUAAUUUCUACGUCCAAAACGCGGUUAAUUCCCUCAAGGCAAAGGGUGCUAUACCGAUUGUGUCAUCCCAAACCCCUGAUAACAUCUGGACCAAUGGCGUUAUAGGCCCUCCCUCACGCUUCGUUGGCUAUGCCCAGCUAGCAGCCAGUCGAACUUCAGUGACGUACAUCGACCACUUCGAUUAUGUAGCACAGGCAUACGAUUCAUUAGGCCAAACUACGACCACGACAUUCUAUCCUUUGGAUCAUACCCACACAUCUCCCACUGGUGCCAAUAUCGUUGCACAAACCUUUGUCCGAGGUUUGAUAUGCUCCACAAGCACUUUGAAUAAGAAGCUGAGUGCAAGCGGCAAUACUGUACCAGGUGAGCAGUAA